CGGAGAAGGAGGAGGUUGUUGAUUUCAUUGCAAAAGUCUCCAAAUGCGACCAAAACAAGCGGAGAGCAGUGGCAAGACGCGAGCUUUGACGAGAAGUUGUGGUGGGGCUGGCAAGUUUUGCUGUGCUCUGCUGCCGGAAAGGACGAAUGGGGAGCGAGGGAGCAGGCAGGAAAACGGAAAGGAAGAGGGCAGAGGAAUAAGAAGCAGACGAAGAAGGGAAUGCAAUUUUUGCCUGUUCAGCAACGGUUUGAUCUCCGUCUUCCUUCCUCACCCACAGAAAGCUUUUGCACUUUUCGAACUGUAUGGGUUUGAUUUUUGGUCUACAGCUUGUCUCUCGUUGCUUGGGGCGGCGGCGCCAUGGUUGUUUGUUUGAUGUGGGGGUAGUCACACAAUUCCUUUUUUCUUAUUUUUUUUCUUAUUUUUCUUACUUUUGUAUUAAUUCGAUUGCAGGACAUUGAGUAUAGCAGAUGCUGUAUUGAGUCGUUGCAACUUUGAGGUGCACAAGUGCGAGUCGUCACUCUGUUUGAAGCCUCUCUGUUUAGUUUGAUGAAUGGGUGCGGAGUAGCUGGCGACGGUGCGUGUCGGAGCAUGCUAUCGUCAACGAAGAUGAUGCACAUUGUGGGAAAAGAAGAACGAGCUGUUAGAGUCAUUUGGAGUAGCUACAGUAAGGUUUGAGAGUCAUGUGGUCUCAUCGGACAAGUUGUUAGUGUGGAGAUUGGAUCCUAAGAAAACUCUCUGCUUUUGGGUCGUGCGCAUCAUGUUUCUAUGAGGAAUGCGCUUUGAACGAAUCGUCGCAAAACGUUUUGAAAUAGCUCGCAUGAUUCGCGAGUUCAUCGCCUGUUUGCCAUCUUAAUUUGAAGUGAUGGAUCCUCGAGGCGUGUAAUCGGAACCCGCUGCAGAGUUAAUGAGCUUUGUUUGAUACCAAUCAUACAUCAACUUUGGAGGAUUUGCAUUCCACGAUUAUUCUAUCAAAAUGUUGCAACGAUCCUCGUAGGAAUCAUCCCGACCUGAAGCAGUGGGAUUCAUCGUGAAGCUUAAUAUGAAUGGCCUGCAUUUUCUGGUUACUGUUGCGUGACAUUACGUUGUGGAGGAGUUGACGAAAUAGAAAUCGGGACACAUGGUCGUUAUUGAAACAUUACUCAGUUGGGGAUCUCAAACAACUUGUCAAAACUUUCAGCUACCUUCAUGGUUUUAUGGGUGACCAGCGAGUGGUGCGAGACAGAAGUGUGUGUAAAAGAUGGAUAAAUGGGAAUGGUGAAAUUUUCUGCUAUGGAGGAGAGCUGAUCAGCCAGCACAAGCCAAUGUUCGGUAGAAUACGCUUUCAUGGGAUAUUAGAAGAGUAUUGCAACUGCAGCGUCUAACAACUCGAUGUUAAAGGUACACUAUGGACCAUCAUGUAUCGAAUGAAGAUGUACCGGAUGUUGAACUUCGAUCAUCUGCGGUGGUAGAUGCUAGAGGAUCAGAGACAAGUUAUGACUUCCAUGCAGCCAAACAACUGCCCUUCAGUAUCGUGUAUUGCUCCGGUCAGGAUAUGGAUUACCCAGCCGCUGAACUAAACAAUGGUGUAUUGAGUCGAGGAUGGCAAAGCACCAGGCAUGUAGCUUAACCAUCGUCUCAAACUCCAUGGCUUAACCAUAGGCUCACUUAGUGACCUCGACAAGCAUUAUCUGAAAUUUCCUCCCUACUAUGAAAAAGAACUCUUGGUUAGUUACCGUUGAUCUCAACGUCUUCCAUCCUACUGCCAGAUUUUGUCACUACCCUCAAGAGAUUGUGCUGGAGCUCCAAUGGCCAUCUCGUAUCAUCAACAUGCAACUACUUUCUCAUGAGUUCAAGAUUCCCACCAAGGUUGAGGUGUUUGUGGGUUUAAUUGUGCCGUACGUGUAUGAGGCUGUUGGCCAGAUGAAGCGACUCGGAUACUUGGCGUUGGAUUGUAACGAACGAAGCGGACACCAGGCAAGGGAACUCAAGGGUGUGUACAUCGAUUCUCCAGCCACAGUUGUGCGGUUGGUGUUUCACAAUUGCCACGUCAACAAUUUCAACGUCUAUAAUCAGGUGGGUUUAAUGGCGCUGAUACUAACAGGCGAACCUCUAGAUGAGCAACAAUGGACACUACUAACUCAACCUGGAUUUGAAGACCUUCUCCAAACUCCCAGGAGACGGGGGGUUUGGAAUUCGAAAGUACCAGAGAUGAUGAUGCAACGUCGCAGGAGCCCUGAAAGAAGGGGUGACACUGAUUCUUCCACUGCAAGCCGCAUCCUUCAAUUGCAAGAGGAGAAGAACAGUGCGGUGCUGAGUGAGGACUAUGAUGAGGCUAAGCGGCUAAAGGGUCUAAUUGAUAGGCUCAAAAUCAUUGGUGAGGAGAUCAAACAGUUGGAAAAUAAAAAGCAACUGGCUGUUGAGGAUGAAGACUACGACACUGCAAAAACCUGCAAGGAAGAGAUAGAGAAACUCCAUGUACAAGAGCUUUUACCUGACCGUCAACUUGCUCAGAAGGUUGAUGUAGUUUCUGACUGCGGUAUAAGCUCAGAAGAGAGCGUGGAUGAGGUACAUGCAGCUGAGGGCUGCUCGUCAGAAGAGGCUGGGCAUGAGGACUCUGCUGGGACCUCUUGCGGCGAUUCUGAUAAGAAAGAAUUUGGAACUCAAACACUGCACCCAGCCCAAAAUACGGUGGUGAAGAAAUUAGAUAAAGAGAUCUCCUGCAGGACUCCCGACCUCAGACCUCCUCCUAAUUACCAAUCACUUCUUCCUGCAAUCACUAGUUCGAACAUGCUCUCCGACGCAACCAGAGAUGAUACCUACGUGCAUGUUCUUCCAACCGUUUCUUACAAGCAUGGAUCAUCUGCUUUGCUUCCCGUCCUAGCAGUUCCGAUGUGCCACUCCAAGGGAGCCCACCCUAGCUUUACACAACUCAACAACCCAUCAACGGUGAUUUCCAUGGCCUUGAACAACUACCCUAGUAAGCAACCACUACUAGCUCAACCACCACUACCACCUUCAGGUAAACAUCCUCGAGCUUUUUUGAAAGCCCUGUCCACUUUUUAUAAUCACAAUGGAGAGCCAGCAAACAAUACAUCGUUAGGGAGUGCUCCGUUGUAUCAAAACCCUGCAUCUCCGUUUUCAACGUCGACCUUCAAAAACAUGUUGACACCCAUGAUGCAAGCUUCAUUGUGUAAACAAGCAAUUAAUCCGGUUAAAGAUGAGAAUGGUGAACACAAGGCUCCGAAUCUAUGUGAGAUUCCCAAUGCUUAUGUAGACAACCAGCAAUCGUCUGAGAUACAAGGCAGGGUCAUUGGAAGCCUUGAAGAUCAUUCAAGAGUUCAAAGUUAUGGUCAGCAAAAUCUGAACGUGUGUUUCGGAGCACUGGUCAAGGAAUACAACGAUUCUAGAAACAUGGCGGAGCAAAUGUCGAAGCUUCAGCAAAAAAAUCAACAAGUUUUGAACACUCGGUUUGGAGCUUUGGUGCGAGAAUUCAAUGAAGCGAAAAAAAUUGUUGCCAAUGGGAAAAAACAGAAUCACGUGGACAAUAGUGAUCAACAGAUAGUGAAGAAACUAAAUCAUGGUGGAGAAAUGAACAAUGAAUGCGAAGGUGGACAAAUAUACAGCAGUAAAAAUAAUCACUUUUAUCAUGGAAAUUGUGAGGAAAUCGAUGAACAAAUGCCUACUGCAUUUGUUAAUGGGAAUCGUCAACUACCCAUUCCUCUGAACAGUAAAGAUAUGCUGAGAAGACAAAUCAGUGUUUACGAUCAAGUGCAAGAUUUCCAAAAUGAUAACCAAGUAUCCAAAAUUUACAGUAAUUUCCGAAAUGAGAUCAAAUGUGUUAAAAAUGAGGAGCACAUUUCAAGCAUGCAAAGGAAAAACUGUGAUCAGGAAAAGACCUUUGAAGUUGAUGAUUAUGUGAUGGAAAGCCAAGAUAAUGAACCAGAAGAAAUGUCUCAAAAUAACGAAAGAAUGUUUCGAAUACAAACGAGUGACCCGAAUCAGAUAGAUAGUUUUCAAUCCGUUGAACAAAUGCCUCAAGUGGGUGGCGAUUUAAAUGAUGAAACCCAAUCCCUACAAUCGAAUGAUGAUGAAAAAUUGAAUAUGAUUGGUGAUUUGGGUGGAUUGAAUGAUUUAAUUACAUCAACUUUAGAAGAACCAACCGAUCAAAAGAAGAGUGUUGUACUUUCCAAGAUGGAAAAAAAUCAUCAAAAAAAAGUUAAGCUUGAUGCUUAUGAUGAUGAGCAAAAUAGCAAAAAUGGCUCUCAACAAAAAAAAACUUUACAAAUCAAAAACCAAAACACAUAUCAACAAUUGUUAAAAGAUCAAGAAGAUGAAGUCCUAUUUGAAGCGAAAAAGAAAUUGAUCAAAUUUCAAAAAGAUGAGAACAAACAAGAAAAAAAUGAUACAUCAAUAAAUCUUCAAACAAAAAAAUAUACUACGCGGAAACAAAAUCAAGGAGACCAAGUUUUGUCUCCAAAGAAACCUCAUAUGACCAUUGGAGAAAGGAUUGCACAAGCGGCCAAGCAAGCAUUGGAUGAUCUAGUUCCCGAGCCUUUAAAUGAGUCCCAAUUGUCGGAAUCCGCACCUCUUUUAAAAAUGAUUGACAUGUAUUAUGUUCAAUGCUUUUAUAGUAAAGAGUGGAAAUUACGCGACAAAGCUUUUCAAUACAUGAUUCAAAAAAUUAAGAAUGAACAAAUUAAUGGAGAUUCACUUGAUGUUUUUAGGGUUUUGAGCAAAGUCAUAUUGAAAGGCUUAAAUGACAAAGUAUCAAAUAUUUUCAACAUUGCAUUACAGAUGGCAAGGGUAUUUAUUUUAAGGUAUGCGAGUGGAAUUCCAGGAUCGGACCUUAAAAAUUGUGCAAAUGAUUUUACAAACCUUCUUCUAGAAAAAUUGGGUGAUUCCAACCCUCGCACCAAAGAUGCGGCCACGGAAGCAUUAAUGUUCUUGGCCACCAAAAAAGAAAUUGGACUCCCUUUCAUUGCCAUCUCCCUUCUUAAACCCCCCAAAAAUCAGACAAUAUGGAGGCCAAUUCUUGGACGUUUGCAAUUAAUUUUGAUGGCAAUUCCAAUAUUUGGGUUGCAUCCUCCAAACAAGCUUGGAUUGCAAACGGAGCCUUUGAUGUCAUUUAUUCAUCAAGCUUUCAAAAAUGCCAAUGGAGAUGUCCGGAACACAGCCGUCAAAGUAACCACAGAAGUUUAUAAGCACAUGGGAUCUCCCAUAGAAAAAUAUCUCAAAAAUGUGAAGCCGGUGGUCCGCGAGGUUUUAACUAAAAACUUUGAAAAAAUUGCUCAAGAAGCACAAAAUAAGGAAGAAAACGUCUUCAAAGAUGAAACCCUUUUAAAUGUGCGGACUCCUCCAAUAUGUUGUAACCCAAAAAUGAUGGAAAUGAAUCAUGAUGAUAAAUGUGUAGGUUAUUCUAAAAAAAGCAAAAAAAUCAUUAGAAAAACAACCACAAAUUCACCAAAUAUAAACGAGAAUAAAAUUGAAAUACAUGCAAUUGGAGAAGAUACAACAUCAUCAAUCUAUGAAGAUGCUUCUAUGGAUUCUAUUUCUCGUGGGAAAGAUCAUUGUAAGAAAAGUGUCCAAAAAAAAUCCAAAAGGUUAAAACAUUUUGCAAAAUCAAAUGAAGAAAUAAAAAUAAAUAAAUAAAAUGUCUUUUAAUUGACGGUUUUGGAAUUAAAAUGAA